AUGUGUAAAACAGAAGAAAGAGGCAAAAAAUGGCAUGGAAAUGUUGGAACUGCACCAGAAUAUUGGAAUGAUGCAAUUAUUAGAAAAUGUCUUCAGAAAAUGCGUUUUUUAGAUAUGACUGAAGAUUUAUAA